GCUUUCAUGGUUUUAUGAGCUGUUGGUGAAUUCAUACGUGUGUUUCAAAUUUUAUGCACUAAAAGAACAAAAUUCACGGUUUUGUUGAGGUCAUUGCAAUGGCAAGCUCGUAUAACGUUAUUUUCCGUUUGCAAUUAAGAUAAAAUAUACACGGACUGAAGAACAAAUUAUAUUUUUACCCAAAGACAUAACUGAUAGUAAUCCCUAUAUAAAAACAUUUUUCGCGGCAGAAACCACCAAUCCAGAAAAAAAUUUCUAGUUGUGGUUAACUGAAAAUUUUAAAACAAAAUUCGGCUGGUUCGUGUAUUAAGUAUAAAAUACUUUCAACAUUUCUAAGGCAAUGGCUGGCAUUAAUAUUGCUGUAAUUUUUGUAGCAAUCUGUUGCGUGCAAUAUAUUUCUGCUGAUGAUAAAGCACAUUUGCCGUUCAGCAAAAAGGGGUUCGAUCCAAAGACACCGACGCCAAUUAACAUUGAUACCAGUAAAGUGAAGGAUAUCAUCACAAAACCUCUAAUACUAACCGUUGGUCUUGCAGAAAAAGUUAUAUUGAAAAAUACUGGAAAAUCGGUGGAAGUAACUUUAGCCUCUCCUUUUACUUCAACCUUUGCAUUUGGUGGGGUGCUUUACAAUAAUUUCUACAUAUACCACAGCCAAAAGUAUUUCUUCUCAAAUAAAGAAGGUGGAAUCGCUGCUACUACGGUGGAUGGGAAAGGCGGAACUCAACUUGAAGCAUCCAUAGUUUAUUCCAAUAUUAAGUAUGGGUCUUUCGAAAACGCUUUAAAAUAUCGUGACGGUACAUUCGAAAUUCGUUCUCGUAUAAUAGUGGGCGAUUGUCACGAAAAUCUUGCAUUUAAUAAAUUUGCGUAUUAUUUGGAACAAAUUGUCAACCCCGGAAGUAGUGUAGAAAUGUCCAUCGUACCGACCUUUGCAUUUUAUAACCUAUUUCCGGAAAAGGUGCAGUAUUUCGCUUUUCCAGGAUCAUAUAUUAAUCAAGUCUCAGGAAAACAAUAUUACUCUUCCACCACACUUGUUAAGCCAGUCCUUCCCUACCGGUGCAUAACGCAGGAACAGUUCGAUAAUUCAUUUGGAAAGCUGAAGAACAGUCACGGAGGAGAAUUAGACACUGCACUUUCACAAAAACCUGCUGGAGAUAGACCCAUUGUGAGCACUAGUGGCAUUAUAGAAAUUCCAGUGCCUUUGAACUUGUUCCCUUCAAUUGGAGGUUACAUUCAUCAUUGAAAAUUACAUACAUAAUUAUUCUGCAAUUCCUACAUUAGGUAUUAAUGUGUUGUACGAAAUACGAUUUUGACUAAAUUCUACGAAGACUUUUAUUUCAAGUUGAAAGUCAGUCGGAAAUUCUUCAAGCCCAGAUGGUAUAGGUAUAGGUAGGUAUCUCUGAAAACGAGAUACUUACAGACCCUUAAAGGCGAA